AUGAAUCCAGAAACAGAGUAAUUGAACUACGAUUUGGAAACUCCACAGAUUCCUUAUAAUUAUGAUGUCGAUGGUCGAUUCUAUUUGCCUGUGUCAAAUCAAAUCUAUUAGAAAGUCUAUAGUCAAUACACUUACCAUCCACCCACCUUUUUACUCAUGCCACAAUAACCAAUCUAUUAACCAUGUCCUUAGGUGAAGAAACAAAAGAAGAAGAAGGUUAAUAAUAAAGAAGUUGAAGCACUCAGAGCAAGAAUUAUGGAAUUGGAAAUGAGAUAACCAGAAGUAAAAAUAGUAAAAGAAGUUGUUACAGACACCGAAUAAAUAACCAGAUUAGAAAAGGAAUUACGUAUGGUUAAGAUGCAAUUAGAACACGAACAUGAGAAUAAUGCAUAAAAGGACAGGACUAUUUCUGACCUUAGAGCUCAGAUCUAAAAGAAUGAUUUAUCCAGAAGCUCAAGUCUUGUUUCAUUACAAACUACACUUGUUGAGAGAGAAAGAUAAAUAACAAAGCAAGAUGGAAUCAUUUCUUAACUCCAAGCUGAAAUCAACCUUCUUAGAGGAGAAUUAGACGAUGCUCAUCACCAUAUUGAAGAAUUGUAAACCACACAUGAAGAAGUAACAGUAGAAAAAAUGACAUAUCUUUCAAAAGAGGUAGAAACCUGGAAAUAAAAAUUCAUUGUCCUCAAUAGAGAGUAUCACGAAACUCAAGAAAAGCUCAUGUUGGCUGAAGCUGAAUUAGAAUCAAUUAAGAAAGGAGAAGUUAAAGAAGUGAAACAAAUUGUUGUUGAAAGAAAGGAUAAUAUAGGAAGAACAGUAGAUUACAAAUAAUCUGAAUAAGUUUAAGUUAGAAAGAGUGGAUUUUUAUAGACAUUAUAGUGAAAGAUAAUCAAUUAUAGUGAAUAUUAAUAUAAAUACAUUAUUUAAUCCAAUAGAAUUAUGGAACAAAUAAAAA